AUGACCAACGCCGCCGCCAUCCCCACGCGCAACGGUGGCGGCGCCCACGUAACGACCCCAUCUCCGAGGCUGCCACUGUUCGCGCUGGCUACAAAGUCAUUGCGCACUCCGGCCUGCUCCCCCUCGACUGUAAAGAAUGCGCAAAUUGCCUGCAAGCACAACCUUGCUCGCUUCCAGGAGAAUUUUACCCUUGCCAAUGAUGAUUGGUGCCUCACUGCCACCACCGGGUCCUUGGGCUACGCCAAUGUUCUUGCUGCUGCCCCCUCUCUGGCUCCUGCCACGGUCUCCGACACCCUAAGCCUUCCAUUCUCAGCGCUCUCUGUGUCCCAUUCUUCUGUUUCCUCUCCGGAUAUGACUUAUUGCUGGACCCAUGGGACCAGCAAGAACCGGCGCCAUACAAGUGCCACCUGCAAGGACAACGUCCCCGGCCAUCGCGACGACGCGACGGCCUCCAAUCCCAUUGGUGGCUCCACCAAGAUUUGGACCGCCCCCAAACCCCCCAAAUAG